AUAAAUCAGGACUUAUUCAGCUCCUGGUCACCUUCUCCUUCUCCCAGAUUCACUCAGCCAAAGGCGUGCCCGAUUUGGCACGUACGCCCAGUCCUGGUGACGCGUUUGUUCACUGUACAAACAACCUAAUAGCGCGAUUUGUUUGCCGCAUGGAUUGAGUCUCCGACUACCUCCUCGGAAACUCUCAGUGGAAUCGUGAUUUCCUCCAAACCUGCCGUUGACUUGAUUUUCCUUUCUCUCCACACUUUCCUUUGGAUCUGGCAAGUGUCUGUCUUCAUUGACCCUUCCAAGGAAGCCUCAUCUGGGACGGUUUCGCUGCACAGGAAGGAGAUUUCUGUCCGAGAGCCCUCAAACCCUGCCCACGGGUAGACCGUCUGCUCACUAACCUUGCCCGUCGUUCCAAACUCUCGAAUCUUAUGUACUUCCAUGAUCGUACAUGAUGGUAGGGCUCUGAAUUUUCAGUAUGGGAAGAGAAAAGAAGGACGGCCCCGGUGUCCCCUCUGGCCACCAUGCAAAGGACAGGCACCGCCGGGACAGAAAAGGCGUCCUGCAUGACUGGACCGGCCCUAUGCCGAGAGGUUUGGUUGCAAGGCCGCAGAUUGCGCAGCCCAAAACCAAGCAUCACUCGUAUUUUGAGUUUGUCGAGAACAAAGACAAGAAGAAGAAGCUCGAAUUUCAGAUCACAACAAACAAGCACCCUCCGCCCGGCUUCGAGUUCGUUCCCAUAGGAAAUCCAGCCUUGACAACAGCAUGCAAGGAACUCUCUCGAUCGCAAGAUGCCAUGAUCUUUAUUGUUUCAGCAUCUAAGGGCGGUGAUUCGAAAGAGCUUAGCCUCGCGUUGAACCGUGUUGGCCACCACGUCAGGCAAACCAUUGUCGAGCAAGCUCGCGAAUCCCUUGGCGACCUCGAAUAUCUUCCUCUUGCGGGCAACCCCGGCAUCCCAGAGCCCAUCCCCGAAGACCAGGAAGAGAUCAACAAUCAAGCUGAUGCGGCGAUAAAGGAUCUAUUCCCCCGGAUACCGAACGGAGACCGCCAGACCAUCAUCCAGCACUCUUUUAAAAAGGGCGCGACUAUGAAUGGCAUGCGUCUGGUUGGACUGGCCCCUGAUAUCACACUGUCACGGCGUGUACAACUUGCCGUGCUUGCCCACAUUCGGCAUACCCAUACUCGGUACGAUCAACUGUUGCGUGAGACGACAUAUGUCAACGCGAGGAAAGCGGUAGAAUCGUUGUGUCUCGAUAUUCUCGUCAAGUGGCGAGGAGACGAAGAGACUGGCCGUGACCAGCUUGACGAGAUUCUUCGAGAGGUCGUGGUGAUCUCUGACUCGGAAGAUGACGAAUACGAGGAUGACGAAGACGAGUCUGAAGAGUCCGAGUCCUCUGAGGCCAGUUCGAUCCAAGAACUUGCCCCUGCAGAUCGCCUUAAACCGGCUCUGGCCAUUGCCAGCCCGCAGGAGCCCCUCAACACCCAGGGGCCCCUCAACCCACAAAGCCCCUCUGUUCUUGUUAAUGCAGGCCAUGCUAAGGACAGAGCUGUGCAAGUACCGGAGUCCCGUCGCUUGACAAAAGAGGCCAGAGAGGAAAAGAGGGCAGCAAGGAAGGCCCACCGGGGCUUCUUGCGGUACCAAGCGGUUAGAGACCAGGUAUGGCAUAAGGCUGUUGAGCGACAGCAGCUUGGCGCCCGAGAGCCUGCAUCUCCUGCUGCCCAAGUGUCCACGGUUAGGCCAACAAGCAACGUAUUGCAAACGUAUCAUGCCAGGCCAAGUUCGUAUGGUCUUCCUUAUCCGGCAUACCACGCACAGAUUCCAUACGAUGACGCUGAAUACCUUCCGCGCAAUGGCAAUCCACGUACUGUUGUUACCUCUCAUCCGCAGUAUUUAGCUAGGGAUGGCCGCACAGGCGGGAGUGCGAGCUUCAACAGCUUUGGGGCUGUAGUUGGGUCCCGUGUUAACGCACUUGAGCCCCCAACUGCUUCACGCUCAGUGGUAAGCCAUCGAGAUGAGAGUCUCAAAGACUGCCUGGUGCGGUCAAUCGAAUCAAGGUCUCCUGAGACUUCCCACUUCUCGUACCAACCCUCGAGACUCCCUCGUCUUUCAGAACCUCAACAUUCCGAGCACCUAUCUGCCCGAUUGGCUGUUCCUGUGGCUCGGCCAGCUUGGCGGAGUGCUGCUCCGGAUUCAUACGGCGAGGAGUUCCUUGAUGAGCGUCGUAUGGUAGAUGACCAGCGGGACUUCAUCAGGGUUCAGGCUAGUCGUGAGUCGAAUGGCAUCCCCACAAGCUCAGCGGGCUACAGUGUCUCUCGCGCCCCUACCACGUAUUUCGGAGUCCCAAGCGUGGCCUAUCCAGUUGCAGGGCCGUUCAAUGCUGCGCACCGGCAAUCUCCUGCCACGCACUACCGAAGUUCCACUCUUGCUGAAGACGACGGGUUUCUUCGACAGGAAUCAAACCGCGUCAUGGUCGAAGAUGAAGGAACCCGCCAUGCCGCAACCUUCCGACGGGACUCGCGCCCGAUGUUGGUUGACGACCGCGAAUCGCAGCUUAGAUCUGUCCGAAGGGAGGAAUUGCGUCCAAUUUCCUUCGGCGACUAUGGGAUGAGGCCAGAACUAGAAGGAAGGGCUGUGGGGCAGCCGCAGCCCUAUGCCGUUUAUCGAGAUCGAACGACGCCAGCCGACCACGGGAUCAUCGAACUUCGACGGCACCCCCAUGACCAGCUGAGGGGCCAUGCCGACCCUCGCUUCGCUUCGCCAUACAGUGAUCGGGCCCGAGGAGGGGAUGUGGAGAGACACAUGCCCGUUGAUUUCAUCCCGGUUUCGAAUGUCUUUCCCCGGCCCCACGUGGCACCUGCGAGUAAGGAUUAUUCUUGGCCACCCCCCAAAGACAUCCAUUCUCGAUAUGGGGACGGGCUAGGAGAACCAUCACACCUGCGCGAAUAUACACGGGGCGCCUCACAGUCGUUAGGUGCCCGUGUCAAUCUGCCGAGAGAAGAGAGGGUUGUCCGGGUUGAAUAUGUUGAUCACAGUUACCCCAAUCGAGACUAUGAGCAACGCGUACGACCACACGAACAUGAACACAUAUACCAGCAAAGAAACAACUCUUCCGUUCCUGUGUCGUUCGCUGACGACGACCAUUGUAUCCCUCCGGAGCAAAAAAGGUCAGCGCAAGACGGUGUCAUCUAUAUCAGCUGAGAGCUCGCCGCUUCUGCUGGGCUCACCGUGCAACCAGUGUAGAGAGGACUUUUUGGACUCCCAGCGUGGUUCGACGCCAAGUGUUUAUCGAGUACAUAUCUGGUUGCUGGCGACGCCUUAUCGUGCCCCAAUGUCGCUAUAUAUCUGGGGUCGCGGUUCCAUGCCUUGAGAUAAGUCGAUAUGGGGCUGAAUGUGUUUAGAAUAAGGGAAGAGAGCCUCGAGUCAUGCAAUAAUGCAGUAUCUUGGCCGGGGGGUUAUUAUCAACGCCAAUGUACAUACUGUACCUCUAUAAUAUCAUUGUUUAGCUAGGCUUGUAAUGAAGAUUCAUCUCCCAAA